UUUUCUGUUGUUUUUAGAUUCAAGUGACGAAAACUUAUGAAAUGAUAUUUUAAGUUUAAACUGAUCAAUUAAUUUAAUUAAUUGAUUUAUUGUAGCAACAAUGGUAAAUUGUUUAAAUAGAGAAAGAAAUUUACAACGAAAAAUGUAUGAAUGUAAUAUUUGAAAUCUAAAAUGAUAAAUUAUUGUGCGAAAAUAAUAAAACUCGCAAUGUCAGCACAUGGUCUCAUUAGAACGUGUUUAACGAGCGUAGCGUAAGCGUGAAAAUGAAAACGUUGAGGCUCUCGUGGUGUAAAAAGGCUAAAUUCCUCAUAAAAAUACAAGAAAUGAGAGGGAACGUUCGCCCUUGAACACAUAAAACCAAAAAAAAAAAAAAAAAAAAAAAAAUAGAAAAGGAAAAAAACCACAAAUUUUAGUGAAGCUAUUUUACUGAAACUUAUAUCAUUUUAACAGCUAUAUAUAAAACGUUGAAUUAUUUCCUUUCGCGCAGAGCAAUUUUACUUCAAAUUUCUAGCUUCAGAAUGAUAAUUACGUAUUUGUAAUUAUCAACAAGCUUUAAAAAUAUGGAAUAUUCAGCCAGAUGAAAUAUAGGUAAAGUAUUUAGAAGAAAAAAGAUUGAAAUGUUUUAUGUAAAACGAUUAAAUUAAGUGGUUGAGUUUGAAAAUUUGACUCGGUUUAAUAAUUCAAUGGAAAAAAUAUUCGCCCUAUGAAAAAAAAUUCAUGUUCCUGUCGAUAUAUCGGCGAGGUGCUCCUCUACUUUCGACUGCUCUGCAAUUCAAAUGCAAUACUCGAAUAUACAUGGCGAAAGAAAUGGAAAUUGAGGAAUUUAAGGGAACCAAUUACUCUCGCGUCGACGUAACUUCAAAAUGUUUCACGUGUCGGUGUUUGCGAAAUGAAGUUCGUCGUUAUCCGAUUAACACGCUUGCAGAUGCGUUCUUUUUGUUGCAAAGUAAAUGGACAAAUUGUGAACAAAUAAUGUUUACAAUUACAUCAAAAUUAAUGUCCUAAACUUUACCAAGAAUUAUUAAAAAUCCCUGCGUAUUGCUUACGUAAUGUUGAUAUUGAGUAGUACCAUACAUAACCUCAACAUUAUGAUACUUACAAACAUCGCUAAACAAGUAGUGCGAACGAUGUCGACAUUUCGCUUGGCGUUGGUACAACUUGAAGUAAAUGAAGUAAAACGCAAAAAUGUAGAGCGGGCAGUUUCCUACAUUUCUAGCGCAAAAGAGCGCAAUGCUGAUAUUAUAGCUCUUCCUGAAUGCUUUAAUUCACCAUAUGGAAUACAGUACUUUCGAAAAUACGCCGAGAGUAUUCCUGAUGGUGAAACGAGCGUUGCUUUAUCGAAUGCAGCUAAAGAAAACAACAUCUAUGUAGUUGGUGGUACGAUGCCUGAAAUAGAGGGCGAUAAAUUGUACAAUACCUGUACUAUUUGGGGUCCCGAUGGAACUUUGAUAGCAAAACACCGAAAGGUACAUCUAUUCGACAUCGACAUUCCUAAUAAGAUUACUUUUCGAGAGAGUGAUUCACUCAGUCCUGGUAACUCCCUAACGACGUUCGAUGUGAAGGGCUGCAAAAUAGGUAUUGGCAUAUGCUAUGAUAUUAGAUUCGAGGAAAUGGCACGCAUUUAUCGGAACAAAGGUUGCCAAAUGCUGAUAUAUCCAGCGGCAUUCAAUAUGACCACUGGACCACUGCACUGGUCAUUACUUCAGCGUUCCAGAGCGAAUGAUAAUCAAUUAUACGUUGCUUGCAUAUCACCGGCUCGUGUUCCUUCAGCAAGUUACGUCGCAUGGGGGCAUACACAGUUGACCAAUCCCUGGGGAGAGAUUCUUUACGAUUUGGAAACUCAAGAGAAUAUGGCAGUCACCGAUAUCGCAUCUGAAAAACAAGACAUCUUCGAGACAGCGUGGGUUUUCUUUCCAACUUUCUUAACUUUCAACAAUAAAAUUUUCGUCAAACGAUACAAUCUAUCCAACAAAGUUCUUGUAGACAGCCAAUCUCGUAAGAACAUAGAUCUUCUUCAAGUAUUAUUCUUCACAAUGCUUCGUGUGGAAUUUCUACUUGACGAGUUAUUAUUAAACGAUUAAAAGCUUAUUAUUAUACGAUAAUGUAAUAUCGUAGAAUAGCUUUGAUUGGAGAUCGGCUGAAAUUAGAAAACACCGUGUACGCCGUCUUUUUGUGGUUUGUUUACAUCCAAGAGCGCCUAGUAACAGUGACGCGAGAAAAGAUAAGCAGCGUCAAAACAGAAGUACGGUUUCAUAUUUCAAGGAGUGGCAAUCGAGAGGCCAGAGUAUGUGAGCCGAAAAGUGUGUGUGUGUGUGUGUGUGUGUGUGUGUGUGUGUGUGUGUGUGUGUGUGUGUGUGUGUGUGUGUGUGUGUGUGUGUGUGUGUGUGUGUGUGUGUGUGUGUGUGUGUGCGUG